AUGGCCGAGCUGCCUGACGGAGUGAAGCUGCGAGGACUGAGGUCUUGUGCUGCCCCGGACUCCCCCGCGACGGCCCGUCUGUGCCUCGCCUCCGACGCCUCGCUUGAUGCGGAGGCCGAGGCCGGGCUGACGGGGCUGCCAUGGUGGCUCGACGACCCGUCGGACGCGUCGCCCGGAGACUCCACGGGUACCGCCGGGUCUGUACUGGUCCUGCGAUCGGUGUCUGCGAGCUGGCGGGCGUUCUUGAGGGCGGUCAGCGAUAUGCCCUGCGCACGCCCCGUCAGACUCCUCGCUGUCACUGGCGGAUGCGGGGAAGGGAAGAGAGACGGGGGGAUGGACGCUCUGGAUGGUGGGGAGGUCGAGGCAGACAGCGCGGGCGUCGGGAGGCUGGUUGAGGGAGGGGCGGUGGCGGGUGCGGACGAGGUGGAAGGACUGCAUGGGAGCCGGAGAGUGUUGAAUGAAGACGGGAGGAAUAGGAGGAGGAUAGGAGGAGGAUAG